CUCUGCUCCUAGGUUGGUGCAUGUAUAAAGAGCCUCUACUGUUCCAGUAGUAAUUCUGCUACAUUCGGCCUCCACGGCGUCAGGAAAUUACAAUGAUUGCUUCCUUUGCUCUGGCUCUCUGCACGUUUGUACAUUGUGCGGCUACGAGUGAUCCCCCAGUUGUAACAAGAAUAUGGGCGAUAAAUCUAGAAUGGACGGCUACGACUUUUUGCAGGCUGGUACCAGGUAUUUCCUCGUGGCGACAAGCCUGGAAUCCGUCUUCAAACUUUCAGACGGCACAGACAUUCAAUGUAUUAGUGCUGUGGCUGAAGAAAAGAACGACACGAAUCACAGAGUACUGAAGACAGUAAACUACAAGGAUGCCACAUCAAAUCAAUGGGGUUGGUUCAAGCAGCGCUACGAUUUCGAAUCUCAAGAAGGAGAGUAUAACCAUGUGAAAAUCAGAGAACCUAACGGAGGACCUGAAGGAAUUUACAAAUUCUUGCUGACCACAGUCGGGUGCGCCGUUGUGGAGGUGAAAAAACAUGGCUGA